UUCCUCUUUACUCCGUCCUUCCCUCUCUCUCUGUCUCUCUCUCUCUUUCGCUCUCACUCUCUGUCUCUCUCUCUCUCGCUGUCUCAGAAGCACAGGGCGGCCGACAGACGCAGAGAGGCAGGUCUCCUCACUGCAGCUCCAGGUCUAUAUCUUCCUAUCUGAGCCACGAUGAACGUUGUGAACAGCAGCCAGUGGUUCCUGACCCGGCCGUCUCCCAGCCCAGCAGGACCCAGUAAAGGACUGGGCUGUAGUAACACCUGGCAGGCGGAGACAGGCCGCAUCACUCAGAUGGUCAUCACCGUGCUCAUCUUCCUGGUGGGCGUGUCCUUGAACAGCCUAGUGGUGUAUGCGUUGGCCUGGCGUGGGCGUGGCCGCUUGACGAGGCGUGGCAGCUUGGGCCAAGGGGAGACGCGCGGCGCCAGCAGCUUCCGUGUCUACGUAGUGAACCUGGCGCUGGCUGACCUGGUCCUUCUCCUCCGCACCCCUCUGAUGCUGGCGUACCUGGCCCACAGCUGUAGCUGGCCCGUGGGGAAACUGGCCUGUCGCCUGGUGAUAUUCCUGAGAGGCCUGGGACUAUACGCCGCAGCCUUCCUGCUGUGUGCCGUGGCUGUGGAGAGAUGUCUGUGUCUCCUCAGGCCGGUCUGGUCCAGUCUGAAGCGUCCUCGCUGGGCGGUUCCCCUGGUGUGCGGUCUCCUCUGGGGUCUGGCUGCUGCCCUGGCUACCCCUUACCUCCACACUGCCGACCUGCUGGAGAUCAACGGUACUACCCAGUGUCUGGAGAGCCUGGGGUACAGCACGGGGCUGUUUGUGACUGAGACGGUGGCCGGGUUCCUCCUGCCGUUAACAGUGUUCCUGGUGAGUAACGUAGCCGUGCUGUGGACCGCCAGGCAGGCAGGAGUCUCCGGACCAACCUCUCCAUCCUCCUCUUCUUCCUUUUCGGCGACUGCGAGACAGAUGGCCAGGCUGUACCGGGUCCUCUUCCUCACCAUGCUCCUCUUCCUGUCCUGCUGGGUGCCCUACUUUACCUGCCGCUUCCUGCGGGCGCUGGCUGCAGGGCGGCCUGACCGGGCGGGGCUGUACCGGGCGUCGUUCACGGGGGCGUACGUCUCUCUGUUCCUGGUGUACCUGAAGAGCUCCCUGAACCCUGUCCUCUAUGUGUUCGCCGCACGAGGCCUGGGGCGAACCGUCCGCGCCUCGCUCCCCUCCACCAUCGAGAGUGUUCAAUUAUGACUAUUCUGACUCCAGGAGUAGACGGACCCUAAGGAGGGAGGAUUCACAGAUCUAGUGCCCUAAAACGCCCUGUUAGGGACCCUAAGGAGGGAGGAUUCACAGAACUAGUGCCCUAAAAGCCCUGUUAGGGACCGUACAUAUGGGAGAUUCACAGAUCUAGUGCUCCACAGUCCUGUUAGGGACCUUGCAGUUUUACUAGCAGACUGUAGAGAUCCAUUGUGAUUGCUGGCCAACAUGAACUCAGACGUUACAGGCUUACUUCAGCCCUGUGUGGACUACAUGGACUGCAUUAUUAUAGCUAUAGGCAUUAUCUUAGACUGGGUGACAGUCUUGCUUCAGCGCUGUCUGGACUACAUUAUUAGGACUAUACUGCAUUAUCUUAGGCUGGGUGACAGGCUUGCUUCAGCCCAAUGACGUCAUCAGACCUGGGCCUUCUGGGAUUUAGCCCCGAGUCUUGGUGUAAAACAAGCUCGGCUACACCGCAUUACACACUGCAACGAACUCUCCAAUCAUGAGCCCUGUCCUGGCCUGCCUCUUCAGUGAUGCCUAAAACCACCAGUUCU